ACAAUAUAACUUAUAAAACCGUUUCGUUUGUUGAUAGGUUUGGUCUGUUUUAUAAAGAAAUGUUUGUAAACAAACAAGUAAACACAACUGCUUUUUUGAUACUUUAGGGUAUCCGUUUAGAGUAGUACACAAACAAAUUACACAUAGGCCUAUUACAAUUAUAACAAUUACAAAUUACGAAUAAUUUUUAAUCUUGCUACAAGAUUGUUUAUUCAUUAAUACUUUUUCGUAGCUGUGCCUAUGAUUCAUAGCAAGAGCUUGUCUGUCAGUAAUUUCAGAUAAUGGAUACUAAAGCAAAUGUCGACAAUGAAACACCAAGCAUACACUCAGAACAUGUCAAAGAAGAGUUCUAUAAAUGGUUUGAAAGUCGGGGUCUCCUGUCUGACUUGAGAGCAUACAUGCGUCAGCUCAUGGUUAAAGCUUUGGAAGAAUCAAACAAGAACGGGAAAACUGUACGACCGAGUAAAGAAGCCACCUCUCCAAAACUACAAGCAAUCAAUCUACUGAUGGUGGACUACUUGUUUCAUGAAGACUACCUGUAUACUGUGUCCGUGUUUGCCUCUGAGGCCCAGAUCCUUGACAGUCUGCCUCAGUACUCCAGCUAUGUAACACAGACUGUGCGUGAGCGGAGGUUGGAACCCAGUUCUCUGCCUCGCUUCUCACAACAGGAGACGGAGGACAUUCUUGACACCUUGCGUCUGCCUCCCACACGACAAGCGGCCCGACAAGCUACCCAGUUGUAUUUGUCAGGACAUGAGAGUCUAUUCACCUGCGUCGUCCGUACCCUCACUUCGUCUGGGCUGGACCAGGAAGUGGCAAUGCGAGGAGCUGAGGUGGACCAGGACGUGCUCUCUGUAGGCUGUAGCCACCAGUUGUGGAGUCAGGAGAUGGAAAACUUGCUCUUGCUGGCUGGUGUGAAGCUACAACACAUUCGGCGCAUGCAACACAAAUGGGCGCAGAUAAUAGAGGAAGAGAGGAUGAUUGUGAGGCAGGAAGAGGAGGCUCAGCGGAUGGAGUGGGAGCGGGAUAUAGAGCAGCGAGUGAGAGUGGAGGUGAUGGAGCAACUGAGAGAGCGACAGAGCACAGUGGAGCUGAGAGAGCAGGGCCUCACCAACCUGGCAGAGCAACUAACAGCUGUUCAUGACGACAUUAACGACCGACUCUCUCAGCUACAGUCCCAGAGGGAAGAGUUGCGAGCCAGAGAAGAGCAGCAGGAGUCAGACAGGGAGCAGCUUGAGGAGAGACUCAGCCAGUUGCAGAUCCGGGAGGAGCAACUGGAGAGUGCUGUUGCCAGUUUCAAAGACCAAGUUGCUGUGAUAACAUCUAUAGAUGAGCGAGAAGGUGAAAUAUUAAACCCCGAGGUCGAGAGUAAGACAACUCGAGAGGCCUGUGUUCAGGUUUCAUCUGCUGAGAUGCAGCCAGUCGUGGCUGUUCACACGCAAACCACAGUUGCAGCAGAGGCCGUGUACACGCAGACCACAGUUCCUGCGGUGACUAUGUGCACACAGACUGUAGACUGUGUAGAUCACGAGCAACAGACAUCGCAGGGCAACGACCCAGACCCACACCUGCUACUGCAGUUGCAGACAGAUCGGCAAAAAAUCAAUGAGUUACAAGAGGAAAAUCUGGAGCUACGAGCUCACUCUCUACAGCAGCGACGCCGUAUCGACGAGCUGACCAAUCGGGCAGCGAGCUUGUCCAGCCAGUUAGAGGAGUCGCAGGUAGCAAUGGCACUGCUGAGUGGGCGAGAGAGUGGUGCGGUGGUAACCCCCACCCCUCCAGCACCGACCUUCAUCGCUCCCACGUUUGGAUAUAACAGCCCCCAGAGGAUAGGAGCCGGAGAGGAGUCACUGUUCACUUCCCGGCCACAACAAACCACUCCCAGGGCAGACGGCAGGAAGCGGCCGGUACGAUUUGCCUUCAGUCACAAUCAGAACCAGACUUCUGAGGAAUCCAGUCCAACAGACGAAAUUAUUCACAAUGCCAGAGCACGGAUCCAGCAGUUAGAAGAAGAAAGUGCGGCGGUACAAAGAAACUACCACGCAUUCCAGACUAGGCUGAUGUCAUCAGACUCUGUGAUGUUUCCCCCUCUAGGAAGUUCCCUGAGAACUCGCAACACUCCCCUGAGGGUGAGGACAAGUAACGUAAUGCCUUUCUUGCCCUUCUCUAAUGUACCUUAUCCACACAACUCUGUCAGCUAUCGAUCCACAUUCAGACCUGUGGUAGAUGAGGAGAAUGAAGACUCCAGCAGUGAUCAGACCUCACUGUACGAGACAGGCAGGAUAGAGAAUGUGACAAACUCUAGAAGGUUAUUCACGCAGAGGAACAUGAGGCAGUUCGAAAGGUGGAAACAGUUCAAGAAAAAGUUCCAAAGACGUGACACUCUAGAUCAGUGCAGGCGAAACAUUCGUCAAUCUCAGAGUAACACUUCCUCAGAGGAUGACGAAGGGGAUUUGAGAAAUGCUAGAAGGCGACAGGAACUGAUAAAGCAGAGUAAGUUGUGCACAGUUCAGCAAACCGAAUCCCACAUUUCUGAUGCUACUGAAGCAGACAACGGACAGGAACUCGAUCAAAUUCCUGCACAAUUAGUCAGCAGAAACAGUAAAGAGGAAAAUAAAUCUGAGGCCAAGGUUCCUACAGCAAUGAUUACUGAACAUUACGAGCAGAGUUCAGUACCUGCAGAAAAAGUACUUGUAUCAAAUUUAGAAUCAACUGUGGAAGAUAACCUAAAAUUAUAUGCGGAUCUUGAACAGUCAGUUAAACUCAUAGAGAGUGUCAAACUACUGUUGGAAUCUCAAAACGUUGUAAAUCCAACGUCCACUUUGUCGAAUGGCAGUCUAGCGGUAGUAGAGUCUUUGCCUAGAGACUCACAAAGCGGUUCACAAAAUGGAAUUGCUGUGUCCGAUAACAGCAGCUUCCCAACAGUACAACGAUUGUUCCCACGGUCCAGAGUGGAAGCUGUUGACAAGGUAAACAGUGAGGGAGAUAAUGUUGAGACCGUUCGAACAAACCAAGACAGAGUGAGUAUAUCUGAAGAGAUCUCCAAAACAGUGAUAAAUGAAAGUGUAACUGUACUGCCAAGCAGAGAUGAAGAACAAGAAGAUGAUGUGCAGGAAAACAUUCCUGUACCACUUUCUGUACCAAUGUUGAGGUUGGUCUCUCCCGGUUUGAGUGUAGCGAAUGAGGAUUUCAUCGACACAGCUGCUGUUACUUCUUCAGACAUUGUAGAACACGAAAGUGGAGACAGAGGAACGACUUCUUUGACUUCAGGCAGUGAUAUUCUCAGAGAACUGAACCCCUCCAAGACAGAGUCCAGCGACAGUGUCGUGUCCACCGGCCUGGCAGACGUCAGCAAACUCUCCUCAGACUUCUGGGACUGAACACAUUCAUUUACUCCACCAGUGUAUCUAAUGUACAUAACAAGAUUUGUAGUAAAAACUGUUGGUCUUACUUAA